GUUGUCCUCUUUUCUCCAGUUCCCCAGCUUCCGUUUUCGGUCCCACCCAACCAAAGCCUUGCUGGUCAACUAACCUGGCCCCUCCCUCCCCCCAGACCCGGCUUUCCCACCGUAAUGACACGGUGGCCUCUGUCCCUGUGACCUGGGCAAAAGAGACGACGUGAUUGAGCUACGCCUUCCUGAGCAUUGAGCACCGCUACACAUUCGUGACAUCCCAUACAGUCUACGAUUAGACAGUUGAUCUGGUUGACCUCGUCAUUUGAUCGACAUCAUCGCCUUUGCAAGAUGGAAGGCGGCUUCUCUCCAGUGGAAUCGUUGGCUGGUUCACCGGCCCCGGAGAUUCCCAUGCUCACUGUCUCCCCAGCGGACACUUCCUUGAACGAUCCUACCGUCAAGACCGAGACCAAGUCUGAGGACAAGAAGCCUGCGAAGAAGAGAAAGUCAUGGGGCCAGGAGUUGCCAGUCCCUAAGACCAACCUUCCUCCAAGGAAACGGGCCAAGACGGAGGAUGAGAAGGAGCAGCGCCGCAUCGAGCGGGUUCUUCGGAAUCGUGCCGCCGCACAAACCUCCCGGGAGCGCAAGCGCCUCGAGAUGGAGAAAUUAGAGAACGAGAAAAUCCAGAUGGAGCAACAGAACCAGUUCCUUCUACAGCGCUUGACCCAGAUGGAAGCCGAAAACAACCGCCUGAACCAACAAGUCGCGCAACUGUCGGCGGAAGUCAGGGGCUCUCGCGGCAACACUCCCAAGCCCGGCUCCCCUGCCACCGCCUCGCCUACCCUCACGCCGACCCUGUUCAAGCAGGAACGCGACGAACUCCCCCUCGAACGAAUUCCUUUCCCCACUUCCCCUCUCAACGACUACUCCCCCACCCUUCGGCCUUCCACUCUGGCUGAGUCCUCCGACCUGACACAACAUCCUGCAGCGGUGUUGUGUGACCUGCAGUGUCAGUCGGUGGACUCGAAGGAGAUGGAAGUGCCCUCUCGUUGUUUGAGCUCGGCUCCCACGUGGAACCUCACGCUGCAGAUGACCUUGCAGCUCCUCUUUCUGACGAUGACUUCAACCGCCUAUUCAGCGGUGAUUCACCCGCUGGGUCGGAUUCUUCAGUCCUUGAAGACGGGUUCGCGUUUGACCUUCUCGACGGAGGAGAUCUAUCAGCAUUUCCAUUUGAUUCUAUGGUUAAUUUCGACCCCGACUCUGUCGCCUUCGACGGCAUCGACCCGCCCCACGGUCUUCCGGACGAAGCUUCUUGCCAGACUUCUAGCGUGCAACCCAGCCUUGGCGCGUCCACUACGCGAUGCGACGGGCAGGGCCUUGCAGCUGGCUGCUAAUCAGAAGUUCUCUCCCCAAGACCUACCCGCUGGCGGUGUUGGCGAAGCUCGAUGGAGCUGGGAGUCUUUAUUAACCCUAGCUUGGACGAUUGAUUUACUCGAAAAGCCGGGACGACGCAAACGAAUCUUGAAGGGUUUGAAAUCCGCGCGGCAUGGACGGCGCAGGCAUCAUCAUGAUGGGAAACUUCAACAUGCACGGAGUUCAUGGAGUUCAGGUAGCGCCAGCAAGACGUUGACGUCUUCGCUUUUGGGCAAGCGCCGUUGUUGA